UCUGUUUCAUGUCGUCGAAAAUAUCAUACUUGCGUAAAAUAAGCGUAAUUGUCGCUCUCUAAUCUCAUAGUCAUCGUUUUCGUAUGGAUUUUUUUUAGCUCCAACAAGUUUCCUCCGAAAUGUAAUCUCUUUAUAUAACCCGUCUCUCUCUAAAUCCCGAAGUGUCACUCUCCGUUAAUUCUAACGGUCAUGUCAGACGCCGUAACCAAAACCGUCGUCCCUCUCCGUCGUAAAUCGAACCCUCUUAACGGAAAACACACUAACGGCGUCACCAUCGACGACCACAGUCGCCAAGUCGGAUCAAUAAAUAGCCAAAUGGAGAACAUUUCUACGAAAGCCGACGACGGCGGAGGAGGAGAAGGAGAAGGAGAAUGGACAAGCAAGGCGUCGUUUAUGACGUGGACGGCGCAUGACGCUGUUUACGUGACGAGACACCAUUGGAUACCGUGUUUGUUCGCGGCCGGAGUUAUGUUCUUUACGGUUGUGGAGUACACGUUCCAGAUGACUCCCGCGAGUUCGCAGCCGUUCGAUCUAGGAUUUGUGGCCACGCGCUCUCUGCAUAGCAUCUUGGCUUCUUCACCAAAUCUUAACACCGUUUUAGCCGCUCUUAACACGAUUUUGGUAGGGAUGCAAACAACGUAUAUUGGAUGGACAUGGGCAGUGGAAGGACGACCACGAGCGACCAUCGCGGCUUUAUUCAUGUUCACGUGUCGCGGCAUUCUCGGCUACUCUACUCAGCUCCCUCGCCCUCAGGAGUUUUUAGGAUCAGGAGUAGAUUAUCCGGUCGGAAACGUGUCGUUCUUUCUCUUCUACUCAGGUCACGUUGCUGGCUCGAUGAUUGCAUCAUUGGACAUGAAGAGAAUGCAGAGAUUUAGGCUGGCGAUGGUUUUUGACAUCCUCAAUGUAUUACAAUCGAUCAGGCUGCUUGGUACGAGAGGGCACUACACGAUUGAUAUUGCGGUUGGAGUUGGCGCUGGGAUUCUCUUUGACUCAUUGGCCGGGAAGUACGACGAGAUGAGCAAGAGACACUUAAGCACUACUCGUUUAAAUUUGAUCUCGAAAGACACUCUAGUCGAUUAAAAUCGUUUUUUUUUUCUUUUUCGGAAAAAUAAUUAAUUGUAUAUUAAAUCUAUUUCUUUUUAAUAACGUUUAGAAACACAUUUUAGAUCUAUUUUCUCUAAAAUGGUUCUAAUUGAAUACCAUUGGUUGAACAUAACUAAACGUAUACGUACGUCUGUACGUGGUUGUGAAGUUGCUAUUUUAUUUUAUU